UUUUUGCUAAAAUAAUCUCAUUUUAUAUUAGUUUUGAGCUGAAUUUUGAAUUCCAAAGUUGAAAUAUUUUAUACAAGAGCACUUAUUUAAACUAAGCUGUGUAGAUAAGCGUAAGUUUACAGUCCAAUUUUCAAAAAGCAUGAUAAUUCUGAAGCAAUGGAGCUGUCACCAGAACGUUCAGGAAUGAUGGACGAGUCCUUGACGUAUGAACAAGCAGAACUUUUGAGUUUUAUAAAACUAUUGCAGGCAUGUCCAUGUCUAUGGCAUAGGUUUGCUCGCCAAAAGUUUAAUAAACAAAGUAAGAUCAAUGCUUACCUCCUGUUGCUGAAAAAAAGAAAAGAACAUAAUACCCUUGCUACAUUUCAAUCAGUUAGAGAGCAAGUACUCGAACUUGUGAAAUUUAUUCUGUUAAAAAAAACGAAUGAAUCGGUCAAUGAUAAUAUUACUAAGACUGAUAUAAAGCAAGUAAUCAAAAAUAUUGGAGAAGAGGGCAAAUCGACAUGCGAAGACGAUAUUGUCGAAAAAGUUCUCAACUGUAAUAAGCUUCUUGCUGAGUUGUCCUUUAUUACAAAUAAUUACCGAAAAAAUUUGAAAAACGUUGUGCUGGAAUGUCAAUUUUGCUAUUGCAGCUGCUCUAACUACCCCGAAUUAUGGGCCCAUAUGACUGAAAAGCAUUUACAUCAUCAAAACAAAAAACGAAAAAAAACCAAUCAGAAUCACACUUCACAAUGGCAAAAAAAGAGGAAGACGUACUCACGUUUAAGUCAAAAACGCCGAAACACAAAUGUAACAAAAUAUAAAGCUCCUCGCGUCGCUUCCAGGAUUCUGAAAAAGUCAAAAGAAGUGGGACAGCAAAGCUCAUUGAUUAGAAUACCAUAUAAUUUACGUAGUAGAGCACAUUGUACAAACGUUCAAAACAAUAUUUUCCCAAACAGACUUACGGCAGUCAUUAGUGAAGGAUUUUUAUCUGUCUCAGACGAAAAUGAAGCAGCUAUCUUAGUAGGAAAAGAAAUGUUUUUACAAAAUGGAGAGGAAGCAAGUACAUCCUCAGCCUGUUCUGAAUUAAAUCAAAUUAUCCUUAAUAAUUUAUCAAGCAGCAAUAUAUAUGAAAACGCUUGCAUACAGAAAUCGAAAAGAAGAAAGAAAUCUCGAGUACCCUUAAGGAAUAGAAAGCAGCGAUUAAUGCAUGCGAAGUCCACCAAAACAAGGCAGACCAAAAAAAUCAAUAGGGACUUGAAAAUGCAGUCCAAUACGAAAUUACUUGAUGAUGCUUCGCAGCUAAAUUUGUCAUCUUCUUCGAUUGGUUUAUUCCAGGCAGUAGAAUAUAAUACAACCGAUUUGUCUACUGAGGAUAGCAAUCUAAAUAAUUUGCUUACACAAGUACCUCUAAAAGACGACGUUCCUUCUUCUAAAAGUAGUUUGAAUUUAAGUGUAUCUCCUGAAGGCAGUGCAGAAUUUCAAUUAAGAAAAACUGAAAUGAAUUCUCACAGUUCCACACUUUUAGCAAAAAAAGUACUAAGAGAAGCACAAUGCAAAAAAUCCACAUGUCAAUAUAGUUUUAAAUCUAAUGUUGCGAAGAGAGACGUAAAAUGUUUUGAAACGGAAGGAAUAUUAUAUUAUAUUCCUGAAUGUAGCACUAGUUUUUGUAAAUGUCUUUCCGAAACAAAAUCAAUUACUAUACCGAUAAGCAAUGAAGUGAAAUCAAGUGAUGUUCAUGUGGAACAAGAAUCAAUAUGUAAACAGGACGCAAUUUCAUUAUUGCCGAACUUAAUUGAGGAUGAAACUGUUAAUGAGACUCAGAACUCUGUAGCCGUGGUAAAUAGUGAAGUGAAAGUUCUAAUGAACGCCAAAGACUUAAGAAAUUCUGAACCUGAUAUACGUUUCAAAACUACCACGAAUGGCCCAGUAGUACAAAACAUGGAUUGGAGACAGCCUAAAAGCUUCUACAAUACAGAAGAUUCCUUAUCUUACGUUUCAGAUUCCAAUUCGGACGUAAAGUCCAAGCGGGAAACUCCUUUGAUCUUAAAAACCACGGUUACAAAGAAAACAAUUCCACAAAAAUCCUUCAAGACAUUUAACACGAAAAAGGGAACUAAAACAACUGGUAAAUCCAAGUAUUGGGAUGACGAUCUUAAUGAAUUUUCAGAAAGUUUUCUGAAGAGUUUCAUACAAUUAUAUCGUAAGUGUGAAUGUUUGUGGAAACAAGAUCAUGAGCUGUAUAACAACCAUCAAGAAAAAGUGACUGCCUAUAACAAAUUAUUAGAAAUGUAUAAAGACGAAGCUAGAGAUCCUGAGGCUAGUUUAGAUGCGGUGAAAAGACUCAUUAGAAGAUUGCGAUUUUGUCAUAGGCAACUAAGCAAGGGGAAAAAGUUGGGAGUUUUAAAAAGAGCUCGCAUUUACAAAAAGCUUGAGUUUCUUAAAAAUGGGUCAACUAUAUGUUUCCCAAACAUUUGUUCGAAGUGCUCCUUAACAUUUUCCAAUGUUCAAACACUUAAGCAGCAUGCAAGGGAUGUGCAUAACGAAAAAAAGCCUUUUAAGUGUUGUAGUUGCGAGUUGCGCUUCCGAUACAAAGUGGAAAUGAGUCGCCACUAUAAAAAUAGACACAAACAAAAAUAAAGAAUUCAAACCUUCAUCUCGCAGGAUCUGAACUAAACAAAUAAUGCCAAGCUAGAGCGAGAUGAAGAAAUAUAAAGCUAAUAAAGGCAAAUACAAGGCUUACCUAAUAUGUUUUUAGUAAAUCCAAGUUAUUCUCAUAACUCACACUGCCAACAAAUUGAAAUCGAUUACGAAACUGUACUUCUAAAUAAUUUAUAAAACCUUCUGUAGGAGAAGAGAGUACCGUUUUAUCGGGAAAUUAAAAAGUUAUCUUACAAUUCCAGAUACUUUUGUAGCAUGUGCUUUUUGAUAGUCUACUCUGAUCAGAUAUUGAUAUUGAUCAAUGCAAAUCUAUUAAUCACAGUUUUCAGGAUUUUGAUCCUUUUUCUUCAACACAUUUUGUCCCUUGCAAUAUUAGGGGUUGAACAUUUAAUAGAGUAUUUCAAUGAAUGACAACAAACCUCAGUCUCUUGAUGUUGAUGGUUCACUGAUUACCAUCGACUUACUAAAGACUUAGGCGAUAAAUGUUAUAAAACAAAAAAGCACUCUCAUUUUAUAUAUUGGAAUGUUGAUAAAUCGUUUAUUUGCUAAAAGCCUUAAGUAUUACAAAUUAAUCGAUGCUAGUGUUGCAUUGAAAGGAUGUUUUUUUUUCAAAAACUGAUUACAGUGAUAAAGAUAAUAAAAUUGAAAAUUUUGGUAACAUAGUUCAUCUACCUUGAAAGUUAUAUUUUCUAAUUAGAUUACAUUAUUUUAUAAACUUAC